UCUGUUACGUUACAUAUGUACGUUUUCCUCCUCCUCUCUCUCACCCCCCCACCUUCGCGAUGGUUCAGUCCUGUUGCCCGGCGCGCGUGCACGAGCACAAUUGUGCUGAGUGUCCGUGAGGCAGCAUCCAUCCGCCGGAAGUGCCAUGAAAAAGCGCUGAGUCAUGUCUGUCAACCUCGAGGAGAGCGACGGCGUGUUUGGACCCCACAUCCCCCAGGAGACCCCAUCCCUGAGACGGAGCUGCUGGACAACAGCAUCCAGAAGGGGCGGGCCCAGCUGUCCGUCAAGGCGCGCAGACAGCGGCCAUCCCGCUCCCGUUACCGUGACAGCGUGAGCUCCACGGAGGGGGACGACGGAGUGGACAGGAAGGAGGACGCCACGACUCACUCCGCCCACUCACCGCUGCGCUUGACAACGCGAGGCACCUCCCCUUCUCCCGAUUCGCUGCUGUCUGCGCGGAGCUCCGCCUUCUUAUUUGACACGUCACUGGUGGGCCAAUCGCAGGUGCGUCGCUCCCCUGAAGAUGUAAGCCUGUCAUUGGCCGCCACUCCCAGGAGGCGGUACCACCAACUGACCAACGCUACGUCUCAAGAAGCUCUGGCGACGCCCACCAGCUCGCCAUCUAAGUCUUGCCCCUCCUCCGAUGUCUCGCCAGUUUACACCAGGAGGAGCAGAAGGCCUGACAGCGAAGUUCUUGUAUCAGAUCCGAGUCGAGACUCGAGUCCUGCUGACCCUGGCAGUCCUCCAGUCUUGGACAAGAAGACCAAAAGACGCUUCCUGGAUUUGGGCGUCACUCUGAGGCGGUCCUACCUGCGAGUGAAGAAGGACAAAAGCGAGCGACUCUCGACGGGCAGCAGGGAGACGUGUGAGAGUCCGUCUCGGGCUUCAGCCUCCUUCGUGUCCUUCUCCUGGUUCUCGGAGGGUCGGGGGUCCCUGUCCUCCUCCGGAACGCCGCCCUGCUCCCCCCAGAUUCCACCGGCGGGCUCAGGAAGACCCGGCCGGUCCUCGUCGCAGGAGUCGGCCCUCAGUGAGGAAUUCUCUCCUCCACAGAUGUCCCCCACCACUUGUCCUCACCUGGACGUGUCCUGCACCCUGUCCUCGCACCCGUACCACACCCUGUCCCAGUCUUCUGACGAGCCCGGCGACGAGACGUCUUCCCAGGUGUCUUCCUGGACGACUCAGCAGGUGUGUGAUUGGCUGGGGGACGUGGGCAUGGAACGCUAUGUCCCAGAAUUCCGAGCGGCGGACGUGGACGGACAGCAGCUGCUCCAGUUGGACGGCAGCAAGCUGAAGGGUCUGGGUGUGCUCAGUUCGUCAGACCGCGGCGCUCUGAAGCGGCGGCUGAAAGGCUGGCAGGCGGCGGCGGAGAAGGAACGCAAGGCGCUGAACAAAAUGGAGAAACAGAAGGAGAAGCAGCGCAGGAAGGAGCAGGAGCAGCGCAGGAGCUGAACGCCCAAAUAUGGUCAGUCGUGGCUAGUGAAGACACCCACAUUAACACAGUGGGAGAACAUUUAUUGCCAUGUUGUCCACUUGAAAUAAAAGGCUCUUAUUGUGGAAGAACA